AGACUAUACAAAUUACAUUUUAACAGCCCGUUAAAUGAAGUCAAAUUCACAGUAUGAUUGAGCUAUUAAAUGUAUAACAUCAAUAAUAGCGUUGUGUUUUAUUGCUGGAGCGUGAACCAAAAUUUGCAGGCUAGCGAUUGGCUGAAAGGCGCCCGACGUCACUUCGUGGAUGUUUAAAGGGGACAGACGUCCGUUAACAUAGCUCAGCGGUAACUUUGAGAUGCUCGGCAUGCGGGAUAUAUUUAUGAGACUUAAUUAAAUUCAGCCUUAAAUUCAGAGGAUCUGUCGCUUUAUUUGAUCAGUAUGUGUGAAAUGAUCGUUAAUUCUGAUGAAGGUAAGAGGUGAGAGUGCAUGCUCCAUUCCAGCAAGCAGUGACCCAUUUAUUAUGAUAAACGCAGCUGGCAAUACACAACCACCUGAGGACAGAAUGGGGGCCCUGGCAUGGAAAUGCUGUGUUGGAUGCGGAUGCAAGAUUUCUGACCGGUUCCUCUUGUUUGCUUUGGAUGGAUACUGGCACUUCCACUGUCUUAAGUGCUCCUGCUGUCAAGCCCAGUUGGCAGAAAUUGGCUCAUCUUGUUUCACCAAGCGUGGCUUGAUCCUCUGCAAAAGUGACUAUAUAAGACUAUUUGGUAACAGUGGAUCCUGCAUGGCUUGCAGAAAAUCCAUCCCUGCAAGUGAAAUGGUUAUGCGAACACAAGGCAAUGUGUUUCAUGUGAAGUGUUUUAUUUGCUCCGUCUGCCAUAACCAGUUAGUACCUGGCGACCGCUUUCACUAUGUGAAUGGAAAGCUAUUCUGUGAGCGAGACACGCCAGCAGCUUGUGCACACAGAAACGACCACUUGGAUUCACUCAUGGAGCACAAAAUGUCAGAACAGAAGAUCUAGUUUUCUAUUCAGGACUUCACAUAACUCUGUAGUUACUUUAUCUGCUGCAGACAAGUUUAAUAUUGUGAAAAUCAACGUGUGCGGUAAUGUAAAGCAGGUUAAAUGAGGUUAACCAUCAGAGCUGAAAAGCAAUCAGGGAGCAUCCUUGCGUAUCAUAAUCAAUUAUGAAUUGGUUUGUACAGAAUGACCUUUCUUAUGCAUUCUUGUGGACCUGCAUUUAUUUGGUUGUGGUAUUAGUCUACUGUGGUUCACUGUACUGUACUUCAGUACCUCUGCUACUGUGCCUGUUUAUAGAGUAGACUGGAAAAAUGCCAUCUUCCACUGGUUUGUGUGGGAUGUUUAUCUUUUGUUUAUGGGGUGGCUAUUCUCCUGGUUUACAGUUACAGUAUUACUGUACUCCGCCUGAUGUCAACUCAACUUUAUUUAUAUAGCGCUUUUUACAAUUUUCAUUGUUACAAAGCAGCUGUACAUGAUUGAAUACAAGAAAAACAACUAAAGGCAUAUACCUGUAAAAACAAGAAAAAGGUGAAACAACAAAAGACAGACAUAGAAAUGCUCCACACACACAAUAUGCAUACAUACUUACACACAUUGACAUAGACGCACACACGCAAACACACUCGCACAGUGAAAGCACACAUAGGAGAGAGAAACACAGGUCUAUUAUUAAACGGACUAUAUAUUCUUAUAUGCAAUAUUAAUUAUGUCUAACUUCUAAAUGUCAGUACAGAAGCAUCCAAGAAGUCCAACUAUCUUUGCAAAUCUAUUUUAUUUUCUGUAUGUACUGGAAUAAAAGGUUGAAUGUGA